AUGUUCAGACCAGUAUCUCGGAGAACUCAUCGUAGGCGUGUCGAGAGGGAGUUUAGAAAUCGCAUACAUGCUAUUGCCGAGAUAUUGAGGACGAAAUACCCGCCCAAGUCGUCAUCAUCAUCAUCGGCGACAGGUUCAUCCACCUCCACUCAGUCAAUAGACGCCCCAACGUCUUCGGGUAAGCUUCAAGGUAUCGUAUGCGACUUGUGUAGGUCAUAACCCUUUAUUCAACACACCUCGGCGGACCGGACGCCCAGGGCCUCAACACCAUCGCCGGCGAGGGUGGGCCAAUAUGAGGCAGGGCAUGCGGUGGAUGAUGCAUGCCAUAGCAAUGCUGAUUGUCCAGGUCUUGGAGUUGCGUCAACAGCACGCAGCGAUGAUGGAUCUGCUCCAAGGCCGCAGGGGCAUGUCCAGCAGCCCAUGUGAGUCCUCCGGAUUCAAUUUGAGGCCAGUAGCCACUCCUGACCAGUUGGACGCCCUCGCCAAUGCUCUGGACGACGAUACUUAUCGCCACCAGCUGGUAUGUUAUGUAACGAUGGCGAUAUUUCUUUGCUAGGUGACGUACCUCUGCUCUCUUGGCGGGGACACUGUUGUGUCCUUCAUUGACAGAGUAUUCGGAGCGCUGUUUUCCGAAGAAAUUACCUCCUUCGUCACCUUCUACGGGCGACAAGGGGGAAAGAGGCCGUUCUUCGGAACGCCUCUGUACAAUUUGGUUCUAGGUAAGACCUGUUAUGCAUGUAUGCUGAUGGAUUUUUAUUACAGAGGUCUUCGACCACUGGAACUGGGGACAGCGCUCCGACCGUCACUUAUUAGAGCGGGCCCUGAAAAACGCCUUUAAACGGGCAUAUGAUAGGUUACUAAAAAGAAAUAAUAAGUCGAAUACAAACAGUGAGUCUGUUCUUAACAUGACCUCUUAAGUUCGCGUAGAACAAAUGCAUUUUAUUUAAUAUAGUUGAAACAUAAUUUUUAAAUACCUUAUUUCAUCUUACUCCUAUACAUGUUUCCUUUGCAGAUUCACAAAAUACCAAUGGCGAAGCGGGCCCGUCAACGCAGCCAUAA